CUUGUUGCCUCUCGUCCUGCUCAGAGCUACCACGAACAACUAAGAAUGGCCCGAUUAAGCUGUCUCUUCCUGUGCUGCCUCCUCGGCGUCCUGGUCUUAGCAGUACCAGCAUUCUCCUACCCCAGGUAUAUCAAUAACUACUACCGCGAACAAAGCUACGAACCUGAGGAGAUCGUCGACAUGUUGAACCGUCUGAACAGCCUCCUGCAAAUGGAACGCAAAGUGGAAAACUUUAAAGAGGACAUUACUAGCGAGAAACGCGCUUUAGACCUGGGUCUCAGCCGCGGUUAUUCUGGAGCCAUUCAAGCCAAGCACCUCAUGGGUCUGGCUGCUGCUAACUACGCUGGAGGACCUGGAAGGAGGCGACGCGACACUCACUAAGACAACAUUAUAAUAUAUUAGUCUAAACCCUUGGCUUCACUUAAAACUUAUUCGAUGUUAAAUUAGAUCUGUCUUAGAGUAGGAUUUCGGUCGGCCUAUUUGAAAACCUAAAUAACUUAUUAUCCUUAAUUACUUAACGCAAAUGUUGCACGAUCUCCUUUUUUAUGGACUGAAGAUGCUAUUCCACUAGUUUUGUAUCAGUAUUAAUAGAUUGCUAAUUUCUCUUUUGCCAAAUGUUUGUACGCUUACGGUUAGUCACUUCAAUAGUGUACUCUAUAGUACUAGUAGCGACAUCUAUUUUCUAUUGUAUGUGGUUAAAGAUUAUUGUAAUAAAAUACCUCCUGUCUAGAUUUUAUUGUUAUUAAUAAAGAUAUAUACAUAUUUACAGUAA